AUGACUUCAAGUGUCACCACCCCUAUAUUACCCGAGGCAGCGGGAUAUGGAGUGGUUGUGGGAAUUGGAUUCUUUUUCGCCGUGUUGAUGGCUUUUAUAUCCUUUAUUCAGAACAAAUACACCCAAUAUUCAACCAAAACUAGCGAGGAGUUCAAUACGGCCAGCAGAAGUGUCAAGCCUGGGCUGAUUGCAAGUGGAGUGGUGUCUGCUUGGACUUGGGCUGCUACCUUGCUCCAAAGCAGCUCUGUAGCUUACGACUAUGGCAUUGCAGGUCCAUUUUGGUGUUAG